AUGUGUGAGCAUUGGUUUUUUAAGUCUUUUUUCGUACUUGGGAUUAUUUUGCCCGUAUUAGUAACAUCAGAGUUCUUCACAUCCGAAGAUGGACGAGAAGACUGGGAAAGGAUAGUAGGAGGAACAAAAGCGAAGAAUGGUUCCGUACCUUACCAAGUAUCGUUACGAAUUUGGGGUGUCUGGCAUUUCUGUGGAGCCUCAAUCGUCACUCCUCGGGUGAUAUUAACCGCUGCCCACUGUGUUGAUAGGCUCAAACCCGAAUACUUCACGGCUAUAGUUGGAACCAAUCAACUGCGCUCUGGCGGCACGUCGUACAAAAUCCGCAAAAUUGUCAAACAUGAGAACUAUGAUGAUUAUGUUAUUAAAAACGAUAUUGCAGUAUUGUUUACUCAGGAUGAGAUGGAAUUCGGAGACAAGGUCGAUGCUAUAGAACUUAACGACGAACCUGUUGAAAAGGGUGAAGAACUACUUUUAACUGGCUGGGGAACUACUUCUUAUCCCGGCCGCAUACCCAACGAUCUAAUGCAGCUGGAACUACGUUCCAUCACAUACGAGGAGUGUAAGGAAGCUCACAAGAACAUCAACCCUGUCUUCGAAACGCAAGUCUGCGCUCUCACUCAUGCUGGAGAAGGCGCUUGCCAUGGCGACUCUGGAGGUCCACUUGUGAGAGAACUACGUCAGAUAGGCAUCGUUUCUUGGGGCAUUCCCUGCGCAAGAGGAAAACCUGAUGUUUAUACUAAGGUGGAAGCCUUCAUGCGUUGGAUAGAGAAGACACUAUACGAUGACGACGAAGACCAUCUUAAAUAUCUCCACAAGAGAAGAACCAAUAGACAUAGGAAAUCAAUAAUUUAAUCAACUUUGACACUUAUGGAAAGAUAUUAACAACGAUAUUGUAUUGUACUUUUGGGCUGAUUUUGUUAAUUUUAUUGUUAUUUGUAGGUACCGUUGUAAAAUUAUUGCAUUAAGAUACAAUUUGAGCAUUGUACU